GAGUUAUAGUUCCGGUAGAAAGCUACUAAAGAACUUAAAACCACAAAGCUAAACUCUAGACUAUGCGCAUAAUCAACAGUGCCCUACAUAUGUCCCUACAUAUCUCUGGGUGAAAACUUAACUUCGACAUAGUUUCAACAUUGUCUUUUCUUUUUUGUCAACCCUCUCAUAAGAGCUAUUUUCAUUCUUACAAUAAUGAUUAUCCGUCGUAAUGAAUAGCAAUCAAUUCUCUGUUCUCGGCUCAACUCGCGUACCAGGCGACCCUUCGCCAUCUUCUAAUGCGACAGGCUCGACGACUCAAACGCCCAAGAAGAAGCAUCGCGCCGGGCGAAAACAUAAGAAAUCGAGACGAAAGUCAUUUGCUGCCCCUUCAGCCGAAAUGCCGGGCGAAGGCUUACCACCAAGCCAUUCCGGCAACCCAGACGGUUUCUAUAUACAUGGGAGAAAUCUGAGUAAUACGAGCAUCGACAGCGAAGCACUUCUCGACCACAGAGAACAUCAUUAUCCGCGCCCACGACGACCCUCGACCCUCGCUGCUUCCCUCCAGCUACCACAAUCAACGAGUAGUCGGCCGCGUACAAUACAGGGUGGUCAGGCCCACGAAUAUGACGAUGAAGAGGACACAAACGAGUCGGCGCCUUUACUAUCGAGCUCUUCCCGACGUGAGCUCGACUCCUCCCGAGGAUAUGGUUCAAACGAUGGACGAUCGAGGCACGAUAGAUCUGCUAGUCGUCCCAAUUCCGUCAAGUCGGGCAAGAAACCCCAAAUAGUCCCUAUGACGCCGUCUGAGAGGUACAAUGUAAACUACCCACCUUCCAUGCCCGGGACACCUACACUGGGGCCGUCCGACCGGUUAGAUAUGAGCUUUGGGGAUAUUAUGAUGAGGGACGAACUUGCGGAGCGUACUUCUCGUCCGAAUAGUAUUCUUGAGGGGGAGACCAAUCCGCAUCGCGAUCAAUCACCCUUCGAAAGGCGCCAUACGAUCGCACUACAAGCGCAAGAGGAUGUCUGUUUUCCUCAAGAGGGAAUGUCGGAGUUGGCCGACGAGGACGUGGCUCAAGCUCGCAGUAUCCGAACCCGGCGUCGGAGACGAGACAAGUGGCCAGACCUAGCCAUUCUAGAAGAAUGGUCGAGACUCGAAAAGGAGGGCCGAAGCGAAGAAAGACGUAUGAAGAAGAUCACAGAGCCGCAAUUAGUGAAUGGUAGACUGCGGCCAGUUCACAAGGGAUGGUACCGAAUCGAGGAAGAAGCCCCGUAUCGAUUCACCUAUUUCAAUGAGGAGUUUCAAAGCACCAUUCACAGCCAGACUAUAUCGGAGCUUGUCCAGCCCGAUACCAGUUUCAAAGACCUUUUUCUUCCAGAUCCCCCGGUCUUAUCUGAUUCAUCUGACGAGGAGGAAGAUGAACCACCCAUCCCUGCCGCUAAUUCGUUUAGAAACGGGGACACGGCCACCAGGGGACCCAGUCGGCAGCCAUCUUUCACACCACAUUACCCAACAUCGGAUCUCAAUCCGAGUAGCGCUUCGAAACAGCAAGCUGCCACAUCAUCGAGCUCCUCUCGGAAUCAUUCAGGCGACCCAAGUCCAUUACGAGCCAGAUCUCCCCUUACUGGGCUAAAAUCACCUCCCGCGAACGGCGAGAAACCGCUACGAUAUGGCGAACGCCCCGUUUGGUGGUUAGAUGUUUUAAGCCCGACGGAGGCCGAAAUGAAGGUGCUCUCCAAAGCCUUCGGAAUUCACCCUCUAACAUCUGAAGAUAUCAUGCUUCAGGAACAGCGCGAGAAAGUUGAACUUUUCCGACACUACUAUUUCGUCAAUUACAGAUCGUUUGACCAAGAUGCCGAAUCAGAGAAUCACCUUGACCCGGUCAACAUGUAUGUCGUGGUGUUCCGUGAGGGUGUUAUCUCAUUCCACUUCAGUCAAACCCCACAUCCCGCAAACGUACGGCGCCGAGUUCGCCAACUUAAGGAUUUUAUGAUCCUCAGCGCUGAUUGGAUUAGCUAUGCAAUCAUCGACGACAUCACAGAUGUUUACCUACCCCUCAUCCAGAUCAUCGAGGACGAAGUGGAUGAUAUUGACGACAAAAUCUUGCAACUUCACUCUUCCUCAGAUCCUGCUCUAUCGACUUCCGACGAUAAAAAGAAACGAGAGAGCGAGAAAGGCGGCUCCGAAGCGAAUGCGGACACAAGCGGUGAUAUGCUGCGGCGCGUUGGUGACUGCAGAAAAAAGGUCAUGACUUUGUACCGCCUACUCGGAAACAAAGCCGACGUUAUCAAAGGUUUUGCGAAGCGUUGUAACGAGCACUGGGAAGUUGCUCCACGGUCCGAAAUCGGGUUGUACCUCGGCGAUAUUCAGGAUCAUAUCGUGACUAUGACAGCCAAUCUUAGUCACUAUGAGAUGAUCCUUGCCCGAUGCCACGCCAACUACAUAGCACAGAUCAACAUACGUAUGAACGAACGACAGGAGCAGACCGCCGAUGUUUUAGGCAAGCUAACAGUGCUUGGUACCAUCGUCCUACCAAUGAACAUCAUUACUGGUCUCUGGGGUAUGAACGUCUGGGUUCCCGGCCAGGAGUACGAAGGAGAUUUGAAGUGGUUCUUCGCAAUCACCGCAGGGCUACUCAUGUUUGGAAUAGCCUGCUUCGUGAUCGCCAAGAGAGUAUAUAACAUUGUCUAAGCUUAAAGAAUUAGAGCUUGGAUAUCGUAUAUGCCAGACGUACGUCUCAUCCGGGACAAGUUGGAUAGAUUCCACAAUUUUGAUACAUCAGGACGAGAGGGCGGCUUAUGUUAUAACCGACAGGAUCGUGCUGUCAGGUUGCUCGAUGACGCCCCCGUGCCACGGGUCCAUCAAGGUCCUCAUUUUCCUGGUGGCCUAAUCAGGCUAAACAUAUUGCUCACAUUUAAUAGCUGUAGAAGCUUCAUAUCAUCACGAAUAUAGAACACAAGCCGCGAAGCAUACUUCAUUGGGUACCGGAAAGGAAUGGGAGGUUAGCGUCUUUUUAAUAUCUAGGAAAUUUGACAAGUCAGGCGCUUUGUGGUUAAUUGGGCAACUUGUUUAAAUUCUACUACAUUCGAUAUAUAUAAUUGUCUAGUAUAUAAAACAAUACAGUCGUUACUUUUAA